UGCCAGGCGUAUGUUUUUUUUUUUUUUUUUUUUUUUCCGGUGAAUUAUCUCAGGCGAUUCAUGACCAUGUAUUCAUCUUACAAUGAGACAACCACUAAACCAAAUCCAUGCCCUACUCAUCAAAAACCCAAAACCCCAACUCUUAAACCCUUUACUGGGACACCUAACAAACUCCCCCACCCCACAAAAUGCCUUCUUCCUCUACAACCAAAUGCUCCACCACCCAACUUCCCAUAACCACUACACCUUCACUUAUGCUCUCAAGGCUUGUUGCUUGCUACAUGCACGCAAUAAAGCCCAAGAAAUCCAUGCCCACGUCCUCAAAUCCGGUCACUUUUCCGAUACUUUCAUCCAAAACUCAAUGCUCCAUUUCUACCUAAUUCAAUCUGACAUUGUUUCCGCUACCCGGGUUUUCGAUUCGAUACCACUCCCAGAUGUUGUUUCCUGGACUUCGAUGAUUUCGGGUCUUGCUAAGUGUGGCUUUGUAGAGGAAGCAAUUCUUAAGUUUAUGUCCAUGGACAUGGAGCCUAAUUAUGCUACUCUUGUCAUUGUUAUGUCUGCUUGUUCAAGUUUAGGAGCUUUCAAGUUUGGUAAAGCUGUUCAUGGCUAUUGUCUGAGGAAUUUACGUGCAAGGAAUAUUAUUUUGGACAAUGCAGUGUUAGAUUUCUAUUUGAGAUGUGGGUCUCUGGAGAGUGCUAGGUACCUGUUUGUAAAUAUGCCUAAGAGAGAUGUGUAUUCCUGGACUAGCGUGGUGGGUGGUUAUGCACAAAGAGGCUUUUGUGAAGAGGCAGUGAGGCUUUUCCAACAAAUGGUGCAAAGAGGAGAAGCUGUGCCUAAUGAGGCUACCAUUGUCAACGCAUCGUCAGCAUGUUCUUCGAUUGGGGCAUUGAGUUUAGGGCAGUGGGUGCAUAACUAUGUAAGUAUGCGGCCAGAUCUCAUGGUGAACGGCAAUGUAGGAAAUGCCUUAAUCAACAUGUAUGUCAAGUGUGGCGAUGUGGGUAUGGCGAUUUCAGUUUUUAAAGGCCUGGAUUGCAAGGAUAUCAUUUCCUGGAGUACCAUCAUAAGCGGCAUGGCCAUGAAUGGCCAUGGUGUGCAUGCAUUGCAGCUCUUUUCGCUUAUGCUAGUCCACGGGAUUCCUCCUGAUGAUGUGACCUUCCUUGGCUUGUUAUCAGCAUGCAGUCAUACAGGCCUAGUUGAUCAAGGGUUGAUAUUCUUUAAUGCUAUGAAAGAUGUUUACAGGAUUGUCCCUAAAACACAGCAUUACGCAUGUCUGGUUGAUAUGUAUGGCCGAGCAGGGUUCUUGGAGGAAGCAGAGGGUUUCAUUAAAGAAAUGCCAAUGAAAGCAGACGGCUCUGUUUGGGGAGCACUGCUAAAUGCUUGCAAGAUUCAUGGGAAUGAGAAGAUGUUUGAGAGGGUCAGGGAUGAUCUCCUCAAGAGUAGAGGAGUAAGCACUGGAACUUAUGCUCUAUUGUCGAAUACGUACGCUAAUCAAGAUAGAUGGGACGAUGCUAAUAAGGUUCGUGAUGAAAUGAGACGGAUGGGGUUGAAGAAACUGCCCGGAUGUAGUCGGAUAGAGGUUGAUCCAUCCAUCUCUCCAUAGGAUGAUCACAAUACAUUAUUGCAUUUCCUGUAAAGUAGCUGUUUUCUUUCUGUUGUUAGCCCUAAUAGGACAUAGAAAAUAUUGAAACACAUUGGCAUUCUUUUCUUUUUCUUCUUCCACUUGGAGCAUUCG